AUGAAGGUGGCAGUACUGUGCGGUCUGGUGGCGCUCGCGGCGCUGGCGGCGGCGCGGCACCUGGAGAAACCAGACGCUGACCUCGAGCCCGCAGCCUCGCACCACCACGAGAAGGGCGGCGGCCAUGAGCACCACGCCCACCACCACCACGACCACGGCGGCAAGGGACACAAGGGAUACAAGGGACACCACCACCACCACCACGGCAAGAAGGGCCACCACCACCACGAAGGACACAAAGGACACCACGGCGAGCACGGCGGACACAAGAAGCACCACCACCACGAAGACGGCCACCAUCACGAGCACCACCACGGUGAGAAAGGCGAGAAAGGACACGGCUUCGAAGAGAAGGGACAUUACCAUAAAGGACACUCCACUAAGGGGCAUCAUGGUGUUCACAAAAUAGACGAGUUCAAGAAGAACAAGCACUUCCACGACAAGCACGGUGAGUCCGGUUUUGAGGAGGGCCACGGCGGCCACCACCACGAACACGGUCACAAGAAGGGCGGUCACUUCGACCACGGGCACAAGCACCACGGGCACCACGAGCACCACCACGGCAAGAAGGGCCACCACGAGAAGGGCGGUCAUCACCACGAGCACAAGGGCCACCACGGUGAUGAGGGCCACCACGAGCACCACCACCACCACAAGGGACAUGGCAGCAAGGGCGGACACGAGGACCACAAACACUGGGGCUUCAAGAAAGGACACUAA